CAGACUCACCAGGGAUCCCCAAACCCCCCCGGGGGUUCCCCCAAACACCCCCCGUGCCCCCCAGGCUGUUUCUGUGUCGCGAUGGACUCGGGGGUCCGGAUCUUCAACGUGGAGCCGCUGAUGGAAAAGGGGCACCUGGACGCGGAGCAGGUGGGCAGCGUGGGGCUCGUGGAGAUGCUGCACCGCUCCAACCUCUUGGCCAUCGUGGGCGGGGGCAGCCACCCCAAGUUCCCCGACGCCUCAGUGCUGAUCUGGGACGACGCCCGUGAGGGGAAAGACAAACUGGUGCUGGAGUUCAGCUUCCCCAAGCCAGUGCUGGCCGUGCGCAUGCGGCACGACAGGCUGGUGGUGGCCCUGCAGAGCCGCCUGUACGUGUUCUCCUUCCCCCACCGCCCCACCAAGCUCUUCGAGUUCGACACCCGUGACAACCCCAAAGGUGGGGCACCCCAAAAACCGUGGGGACACCCCAAAAACUGGGGGGAAGCCUGAACUGGGGGUGCCUGG